CACUGUACUGAUGGUCGUGAAAGGUGUGUACUGCUCCGGUUCGCGGUGCGGUUGUGUUGUCUGUUUGUGUUGGGUUCGGGACUUCGUAGCUUCUUAAAAUCAUAAAUAUUUUCAUAAAGUAAUAGAGGAAAAAAAAUAUAUGCCUUUUCUUAUUUAGUAUCUUUUAAGGCCACAACAACGGAUUUUGCCAGGAAAAGGUGCGGCAAAUGCGACGAAAAAACAAUGAUCAACUUGUUGUGGCCUAAAGCAAAACCUAUUGGAUUUGUUAGAAAAGAUAUAUUCGAACUUGUCAACAAUUAAAUAUAAUUACUUGCUUUCUCUAGUCGCCAUUAAUCGACAGUAGUCGAUAAUAUUGCAGGAAGGGGUUUUCGACUUCGCUGAAUUCUUCAUGGAGAAAUUCUCAGAACGAAAAGUUGAUGACAACUGAUAGUAAUGGAAAACUAUGAAAAGGGUGAAGUAAAAGAAGUAGAAGAUAGCCCAGUUUUCCACCUGGGAGAGAGUGAUGUCUUCAUGCGGGUUUCGGGAGGAAGCAAGAUUCGUAAUGUGAUGGGCUAUGCCAUGAAAAAAAUAAAGGAACCAGAGGUAAAACAGGUCUGCUGGACAGGGAGUGGAAAGGCAAUAACAAAGACAGUCUCAUGUGUGGAAAUUAUGAAAAGAAAGGUCAAGGGCUUACACCAGGUCACAAAGCUCCGAUACAGAAGGGUGGAGGAAUACUGGGAGCCAAAGCUGGAAGGAUUAGAAAGGCUGAAGGUCAACAGGGACAUACCUGCCAUAUCUAUACUGUUGUCUAAAGAACCACUGGAUAAAAAUGAACCUGGAUAUCAAGCACCUGGGUCGUUCGAUGAAUUCUGGAAGGAAGUUGUAGAUAAGGACAAAUCUAGGGGAAGUUCCACCAGGAAAAAGCUUCUCAGUGAAGGAAAAUCUGACCAUAGACAGACUGAUAGUGGGGAUCGAUCGAAAAAAUCUUGGAAAAAGCGGAAAGGCGAUAAAAAAAAAAGUGCUGGUGAUCAGGGAAGAGAAUAUAAUGGGGAUAAUAAGAAUGCAAGAGACAAGGGGCAUAGACAAAAGACAGGGGGAAAACAUGGUGGAGGUCGUGGUGGGUCUAACAGUGCAGGUGGUACUGGUAAUAAGGACCAAAGAAGAACUGAUAGUGCGAGUGGUGGUGCUGAAAGUCAUGACAUGGAAGUUGAUAACACAUUGUAAUGGUAGCUAUUGUUUUACAUGUAAAUAGUUGUGUCAUAAUAAAUCGUUAAAGAGUAAACACUGGAAGUA